AUGACUUCCGUCGUCUCAGAGACCCUGAAUGUAACUGCCUCGCCAACGACAGAGUUUCCCGGGGCAAUUCCUAAUAUCCCGUCAGGCACGAUAUACUCCGGUCCAGCAGAGACAUCCCAAGCCGCGGAUAGUGUUCCAAUAUUGUUCUGGCUAUACGCUCACCGGGAAUGGAUCUAUGAUGGAAACCACAAGUUCGAAUUUAUCAGCAGUCUGGUUCAAUCUCGAGACCGUGUGCUUGAACUUUUCAACAGUCUCAGUGACAGGCCUGAGCCAAAGCCAGAAUGCUCUAGUGUAUCGAUAAGGCAGACGCCGAUGUACGAUAUCCUAGACGUGCUCUGGAGUGUGCCUCAGCUUGUCAGCUGCGCCGUGCAAAUAUUGGAAACCCUCGUCAAGUCAAUAAGUGGUACGACCAAUCUUCCCCGCGGUGAUAUUAACCGAUCAGUCGAAUUACUUCAGGAAGUUGGUAGCAAGAUUAUCGAAAAAGAAGAAGGGCCAACACAAAUUUCCUCGCAGGCCACCAUGACGGACUUGUCGACGAGUGCCUCGACUAGCUGUAUUAUGAGCGUCACUGCUACACAAAAAAGCGUUUUUUGUACCGUUACAGCAAUGGUUGGUCAGGAUCAUCCAUUGUCGGGAGAAUGCUCAACUAUUGCGUAUAAUACCAUUGAGGACUGCACUAUUGUGCCAUCAUUAACGAGCACGAUAGUUUCAACGGCUUCCAUCAGCCAGGGGGUACUUCCAUCUGAAGCCUGCAGUAUCAGCAACUGCGGAACAUCAUGCGGCUUAGUGUCGAGAGACGUCUUGUACAAACGAAGGAAAUUACGGGCAAUCCAGCCUCGUGUUUGCAAGUGGGCAGAGCGCUCUAACUAUAGCCCUGCGCAAGACUUUAUGGCCGGAGAGGUUGCAAUCGCGGUCGAUAACAAAGCGUCGGUGAUACUUGAUGGAGGCGUGACCUCCUCAGUCGUGGGUUUCAUGGACCAGCCAAUUUCUCUCGCAGUCGAAGGACUAUACGGUUGCACAGCAGUGAUUGCCGUCUCGCGACGUGGUGCUUGGGCAGCCCAUAUUUUUGAGGCCCCACUCUUCAGACCUUCAGCCGAGGUUGAGGACAUGAAAGACGAUGAAGGAAAGCCGGUCAUAGAUCCAGCAACCGACCAGCCAGCGAAGCGCAUGCUCUAUCUAAACCCGGCCAAUAACUCGUAUCAAGAACAGCUUCCCGUGGCCGAGCAACUGGAAUUGUUCAAAGAAACCGUUUUAGGGGCGCUGCGGGAGUCAGAUGGAGCAUCGCAAAACCAUAGGAUGGGUCUCAAAGAGUGCCGAAACUCGUUUAUUGAGCCUCAAUAUGACUGGGAAGGACAUAUGUUUGAUGAUGAAAGCGAUACCAGAAUCUUUCUCCUCGCGCCCCUCGAGAGAACCCCCCAGAAUGAUCCCAACUACAACAAUGAAUUCCCUUCUGGGCUGAAACUGAUGUGGGACUCGGAUCGCAAUCCAUUUUGGGACUUUCUCCGAGCAGACAAGGCCGGACCAUCUUUUAAUGAACAGAUUCGAAGCGAGAUCCUAUCCUAUUUUGGGGGCAACGUGUCUAUCGAAACAAUUCCGUAUGCACCUAGGCAAGGCAGCGGCAGAGAGGAUGAAAAUGUCGAUUCAAACCGGGGUAAAGUACUGGUACAAUAUGAGCCCGCUGUGGCAAGCAACAAUCGGAGUCAGGCAAAAUGGAGGAUUUGGUUCGAGGGACACGUUGACACAGUCAAAACUGCGUCUUGGGAUCCGUUGCCAGCCCGUGGAAACAUUCAUGAGGGAGGCGCCAGCGCACAAAGUUGCUUUGAUGGUUGCACAAGACCCAUGAGAGGCCCACAAGCUCGCGCCGAUGAGGCUGCUUGCUCACUGGAUGCAGAGACAUCGACAAGCAGCAAGACAGAUCCUACACAGAGUCUCGCGACUACAUCUACUGCUGCGAGGUCCCCGUCCCCCACAGAACUUACUUGUACGGCCGAUAAGGACUGCUCUUCAAGUAUAUUUGCAGGGGCUUGUCCGCUCGUACAGCCACCUAUAUGUUCACAAGGAAGGUGCCGAUGUCGCCCAGUUGUUCCGCCGUCCCAAACCAAGAUCUCGUCCACGAUCGCUGGUAAUACCCAGCUGACCAGUGCACAAUCAGUUCCACUGCCCACAGAAUCGGCGAGAAUCAUACCUGUUUCUCAGGUAUCGGAUAUCACGUGCUGGAGUGAGACGGAUUUUCCAGGGCACGCUGACAUUUCGCCAACUACGCAGCGACUGUUUGCUAAUGAGUUUUGCGAGACCGACCAAGAUAGGAAGACAAGACUCUACAGUAACCGACUUAUGGAUUACACGUACAGCAAGAGACGAAUAUCCUCGAGUGGCAUUAAUUAUGAUUACAAGGUAGAAUGGAAGAGCGGGUGCCAGACUAAUCAGCCCAGUCAGAGUGUUCAAUACCCCGCGGAUCCCAAUGGAGCACUAGGCAUCACUUGCCGUGAAGCAUUACACGGCAAUUUCAAGAACUGUGAGUCAAAAGGCGACGUUGCAUAA